GGUUGCCUUUUGAAAGGCAGAUCCCCAAAGCCAAAACCUAGAGUGUUGUAUAAAACCUGUCAGCUGGUCAAACAUCAAAAAGACUACACAUGGACAUAUCACCAUUCCCCUCUAUAUAUUGCGAAUGUCCACAGUCCAAUCUCCCUACACCUUCAACCCACACACACUUACACAGUUAACACAAAAAAUCUACCUCAUCUCAGCUUCCACCACACACCUCUCUUUCUCCUUCGCAACCACCACCAUCUGAAAGGGCUGAUCAAUUUGCAUUUUGGGAAGGCUAAAUGAGACCACCACCCGGGCCACCAGGGCCACCCGGUCCACCUGGUCCAUUAUUUCCAGGGGGCUUUCUCGGUGGUUUUGUUAAUGGCUUGUGCUCCACUGUAUCUUCUUGGUUUCUUCAACUGGGGGUUGAUAAAGAUUUCACAAUCAUCUCAAUUUGAACACUAUCUACUUCUACUUCUUGUGCUGUUGCUGCCUACUGCAAGACUGCUUCGGUGGUCCUCCCCAGCCGGCUGGGCCACCUGGGCCACCUGGGCCUCCUCCCCCACCCCCUUCUGCACCUCCUCCGCUAGCACCUGGGCCUCCUCUUCCGCCUGGUCCGCCUCUGGGACCUUUUUUCGGUCCACCAGACCCACCAGGUUCUCCUGGACCACCUGGUUUCCCACCAGGACCUCCUGGCCCACCUGGUGGCCCACCAGGACCUCCUGGCCCACCUGGUGGCCCACCAGGACCUCCUGGCCCACCUGGAUGGUGACAGGGGCCCUCAACUUCUAACCCAUAUUUCACCUUAUUUGCUAGAGAUGUGUGUAUUGAGAGUUGAACCAGUUUUCUUGGGUUUCUCUCUUUCUAUUAAUGUCCUCUAAUUUUAUAUAUCAUUUUAUGAAUCAUGUAAAAGUUUACUGUUUGAAAAA